AUGAAGAUUUACUUUGUAUUUCUAGCGCUCUGCCUUCACUCUGUGUACAGCACAGAACAGAAGAAACGAUCGGCAUCAAUACCAGUCAGACAUUCCUAUUCCGAAAUCACAAAUACAGUCGCAAUACCUGUUCCUCACCCGGUACCAGUGAGCGUGCCAAGACCCGUACCAGUAGCAGUUCCAGUUGGAGUAGCGGUGGAUCGACCGAGACCAGUCCCUGUACUCGUACCUCACCCAGUUGCCCAAGUGGUGACUCGACCAAUUGCCGUACCAAUUAAUAGGCCGUACCCAGUACCUGUACCACAGCCUGUUCCCGUUACUGUGACUCAGGGGGUUGGUAUUCCAGUACCUCAGCCAUAUGGAGUUGGUGUACCAGCUCCUGUACCCGUUAGGGUUCCAGUAGCAGUUCCAGUGGCUACUAAUUUUGUGUCGGGGAUUGGUGGGGGAUCUAUAGUAGCUGGUUCCCUUGGAUUGGGAGGGAUUCUUGGAGGUUAUGGGGGCUAUGCUAGUGGAUAUGGUGGCUAUGCAGGGGGAUAUGGUGGUUAUGGAGGAGGAUAUGGUGGAUAUGGGUAUGGAAUUCCCGUGGGAGGGGCAUCCCAUGUUGUCAGCUCUGGGCAUGGGUAUUACCACCAUUGA